AUGGCUUUUUUUAACAUCUUUAAACACAAAGGCGGUGAUGAAGCUUCACAAUUGACGACAAAGGGAAGAGAAGAAAUUUCUCAAUCGAUUAAACUAUGUAAAGGUGAUGACGCUGCUGACCAACACGACUGCUCUGGUGAUUGUAAAACGGAAAUCGAAGAAGGGAAGCAAGCUUUCGCGAAACUAAAAAUCGAGCACGAAACUCCCUUGUUGAAUUCUUCUAAAAUCCCGAAAAUACGCUUUGUUGUUCCCACAUCUCAAAUCAAUUGGCAGCAUGAUGCUUGCCUGGAAGACCCGAAGUCUGUGCAAUACAAGAUCUCUGAAUGGUGUGACAAUAAUUCAGAUAAAUUCUCCAACACUGGUACAGGAAAGACGUUAAAUUGUGCAGUUUCAUCUUUACCUAAAGAUAUCAUGGAUAUCGAAGUUAUGCGGGGAACCAAGAAUAAUGUUCUCGUCUUGCCUUAUUUCAUCUGGUUGAACGACCUUAAAUCAGAUGACGUCAAAGCAACGCUGGAUGAUUUAGUCCCUGAUUUACUGAACAACGCUAUUUCGAAGGAGAAGUUACUAGAGACACGACCAAACAUUUCGGCUGCACGUGAACGUGCUUUUGUAUUCAUAUGCUCACAUACUACAAGAGAUAAAAGAUGCGGGAUUACCGCUCCCUAUUUGAAGAAGGUGUUUGAUAGUAAAUUACAGGAGCAUGGCCUAUAUAGGGAUAAUUCUGAUUACAGGCCUGAUGGUGUAAAAAUUGCGUUUGUUAAUCAUGUUGGUGGCCAUAAGUUUGCAGCAAACGCUCAGAUUUAUUUGAAGAAUCCGAAUACUUUAAUUUGGUUGGGAAGAGUAACGCCUGGUAUCGUUCCUUCCGUAGUUGAACAUCUCAUAGUACCUGAAGAACCUACACUUCCUUUUCCUGAGAAAGUUCGCUGUAUUAAAAAGUAUGAAAGCUGGUAA